AUGAACACCCCUACUCCCAACACAUUAGCAAAAAAAAAAAAAAACCUAAUCUCUUUGACUCUCUUAACUAAAUCUCUUUCAAUUUCUCAGUCUCCCAUGGCUAAUCCUGAAGAAGGAGUUCAAUUGCCCUUCGACGGCAUCCCUUGUGAUUUUCUUGGGGACAUUCUCUCAAGACUCGAUGUCAAAUCUCUAAAACGCUGCGAGUGUGUCUCUAAAUCUUGGCUCUCUCUGCUACGGACCCCAUAUUUCAUCAAUCUCCAUUUCAAGCGACAACAACCUUGUGCAGUUUUCCUCCAGAAAAAGGUUAGAAGAUUCGAUCACCAUUUAUCCAUUUGUAAUGGGGAGACUUUAGUUGAGAUUUCUUUACACAAAUUUCCUUUUUCUGAGAUGGAUCAACCACCGUUGUUAUUUUUUAUGGGUAGCGAUUAUGGUGUGUUAGGUUUUUAUGACUUAAUGGAUAAAGUUGUUUAUUUAUGGAACCCAACUAUUAAUGAGUCUAGACAACUGCCUCAGUUGGGACAUAAUUGUUCUGAAUUUGGGUUAGGCUAUGAUCCCUUGACCAAUGAUAUCAAAGUGGUAAAGUUCUCAUCUCUUGAUGGGAGUGGUGUUGUUAGCACUUGUAAUAAGUUUAAAGAGGGUAACCAGAUUGGGAUUUAUAGUUUGAGAAGCAAUUCAUGGAAAACAAUGAAAAUGCCUAACAUAUUUUCAAAACUUGAAUCUUCUUCUACUUCUAAUAUAAUUGUUUAUCCACUUAUGGGUUGCUCCAUUGUUGUUAAUGAGUGUAUUCAUUGGAUGAUUGGCCUUGGCAAUAAAACUGAUUGUGACCAAUCAUCUUCAGGGAUAGUUGCUUUUGAUAUAAGUAUGGAGAAAUUUAAUCUCAUAAACUCACCUCAAAUUGUAAAAGGGAGUAAUGUCAAGAAGUUAGCUAACUUUUCUGGGUGGCUUUCAUUUUUCACUUUGAAUGAAGUCCAUGUAGUUGACAUUUGGGUUAUGAAGAAAUAUGGUGACUCGGACUCUUGGUUCAAACAUUUGUCUGUCAAUUUACACAGUCUUCUUCCAAAUAGAUUUAGUUCCCAUUCUAGGUGUAUUCCAAAAGAUCUCUUGAGCAAUGGGAACCUUUUGAUUUCUUGCACUGGCUCUGAUGAUUGGUAUUCGUAUGAUACCAGGAAUAAGAGGCUUGAAAAUAUGGGUGAAAGAAUUGGUGUUAGGGGACUCACUACAUAUGUUGAGAGUACUUUUAAGUUAAAUGGUUAAGAAUUCUGUAUUGACAGACAUGUGGUUCUUGGAUGGUGUGCAUCUCUCCUGUGUGUGAUAAUACUUUUAAAUUGUGAAUACAUUGCUUGUGGUGUAUGUGAUUAUAUUUAUAAUUAUACAAUAUGUAUGUAUAUGUAUUUAGAAACUUGAGAGUUUCAUGCUGCUCUACUUGGUCUUGGUCCUUCUCAAAUUUGUGAUGUUUGCUGCAAAUUCUUCAAUGAGUUACAAUUCUUUGACUAUUGACUGGUUUAUAAUUGAUGACACUUGCUGGUUGCUGGUGCAUCUUUGGACGGCUGUUUCUGGUCCUUUUGGUUCGUUUGGAUUGCUCUGUUGUUUUUAAAGUGGGGAGGGAUUAAUUGGAUGGUAUGCUUUGGAAUUACAAAUGAUUAUUUCCAAUUCUGUUUAGGGGCAGUAGCUUUUGAUACAAGUAGGAGAAAUUUAAACUUAUAAAUGUUCCUCAAAUUACAGAAGGAUGUUAUCUCGGGAAGCUAUCUAUGCUUUCUGGGUGGUGUCUUUGUUUUUCCAUUAAUGAUGUAUACCAAAGAUCAGUUGAAAUUUGGGUUAUGAAGAAUUACGGUGACUCAGAUUCUUGGUUCAAA